UGCGCACUCACCUCGGAUCCUAAUUUUAAAAUUCUUCGGCCCUUCUACGACGCACCCACCGGCUCUCGCUCGUCGGCUCAUUGACUCUCGUUUGAUUCUACUAAUCCACCAACUACUUUCCAGCAUUCCACCCCAACUCUCUCUCUCUCUCUCUCCUGAAACUUCAGUUACCGAAAAUAUCACCGACGAAGCCGACACGGAACUCCAUUUUAAACGCUCUCUUAUGCUGCGCAAUCUCUCGUCUCAUCUCCAAUUUAGUCUCUUGUGAUUUCUCUGGUUUCUGAUAGGCGAUCGAUAAGAUGACCGGUUCGGAGUCGGAGCCGGAGCCGGAGCCGGAGUCGACUGCUUGGGAAGAUCUUCUACGGAGGAUGCUGCCUCCCGGCGCACCGUUGCCGGACGAGGAGCACCUCGACUACUCCAUCGCCGUCGAGUACGAUGGCGGUCUGGAUUGCUUCGAGGAGGUUCCCAGGGUCAAACCUCUGACUCUCCCAACUGCGAAACCUCCGAAGUUCCGGAAAAGUCCCUCGGUUCUCUCCAGGUAUCCAUUGCGUCAGAAGAAAAGCAGCAGCGGAAGCUCGUCUCCGGCUUCCAAGCAUCAAUUCAGCUGUGGUUCGGACUCCGAGGCUAAACAAGCCAAUGAUCAAGCCAAUUUCGUACCGGAUUCCGAAGCUGAUUGUGCAAAUCCCGUGACUCCUGAAGCUGGAAGGGACGAUGAUUACAACGACGAUGAUGGAGAUGGAAGUAAGGGAAGCUCGCCGCUGCCAGGUGAAGUUGACGAACAGGCAAGUCGAGUGGAGAAGAGUGGAGAGCUGAAUGGUGAAGCAAGGUUUAGGUUUAGGGCAACGAUUUGUAGUAGGUGUGGGAAGAAGAAUAGGCUAAGGGAGAAAGAGGUGUGCAUUGUGUGUGAUGCAUUAUACUGUAAGUACUGUGUGCUCAAGGCGAUGGGGUCGAUGCCAGAGGGGAGGAAAUGCUUGGGGUGCAUUGGCUUGCAAAUUAACGAGGCUAAUAGGGAGAAAUUGGGAAAGCCAUCUCGUAUGUUGGCAAAAGUGUGCAGUCCAUUGGAAGUCAAGCAGAUAAUGAAGGCGGAAAUGGAAUGUUCUGCUAAUCAAAUUCGGCCUGAGCAGGUCUGGGUAAAUGGAAGGCAGUUGAGGGAGGAGGAAUUGGCUGAAUUGCUUGGAUGUGUACUACCACCUGAGAAAUUGAAGCCUGGGAGGUAUUGGUAUGACAAGGAUUCUGGAUUGUGGGGGAAGGAGGGUGAGAAGCCAGAUAGAUUUAUAAGUUCAAAACUAAAUGUAGGGGGAAAGCUUCAGCUGGAUGCAAGUAGUGGAAACACAAAAGUUUACAUCAAUGGCCGUGAAAUUACAAAAGUUGAACUCAGAGUACUGAAGUUAGCGAAGGUAGAUUGCCCCAGGAAUACUCACUUUUGGCUAUAUGAUGAUGGUUCCUAUGAGGAAGAAGGUCAAAAUAACAUUAGAGGAAACAUAUGGGAGAAGGCAUUCACUCGUUUCCUAUGUUCAUUAUUUUCAUUGCCUGUUCCCCCUGGAAAUACUCAAGGCCCAAAAGAGGAUGCAACUGCUUUUUCAGGUAGGUCUGUGCCUGGGGUUUCGGAGCAUUGCAGAUUUCAGAAACUUUUGCUAUUUGGGUUGGAGGGAUCAGGGACAAGCACUCUUUUCAAGCAAAUGAAGUUUAUGUAUGGAAACGAGUACACUGCUGAUGAGGUACAGAAUAUAAAGCUCAUGAUUCAAAGUAACAUGUAUAGAUACCUCAGCAUCUUACUUGAGGAUCGAGAGCGCUUUGAAGAGGAAGCCUUAAUGGAGAAGAGCGCCUCUACUUUACAAGUGGAAAAUCAUUCUCCAGGUGAAAUGAAAACUGAUGAGAGUAAGCAAUGUAUAUAUUCUCUCAAUCAAAGGCUGAAGCAGUUUUCUGACUGGCUGUUGGAUAUCAUGGCUUCUGGAGAUUUGAAUGCCUAUUUCCCUGCUGCAACCCGUGAAUAUGCUCCCCUAGUAUAUGAGAUAUGGAAAGAUCCUGCCAUUCAGGAAACUUAUAAGAGAGGAAAUGAAAUGCAUUUUCUUCCUGAUACUGCUAAAUAUUUUUUGGAUCAGGCCAUUGCAAUUUCAAGUAAUGAGUAUGAGCCUUCCGAAAAGGAUAUUCUAUAUGCUGAAGGCGUGACCCCUAGCAAUGGACUUGCCUUCGUUGAGUUAUCAUUUGAUGAUCACAGUGCUAAAUCAGAUAUAUAUCUUGAUGACGCCGAAAGCCAAUCUCCACUAACCAGGUACCAGCUGAUUCGUGUUAGUUCCAAGGGUCCCCAUGAUUUUGGCAAAUGGAUGGAAAUGUUUGAAGAUGUAACAGCAGUAGUCUUCUGUGCUGCGUUAAGCGACUAUGAUCAGACUUGGUCCCUCGCCAAUGGUCCACCGCAAAAUAAAAUGUUGGUAAGCCGGGAUUUGUUCGAGAGCUUAGUUCAACACAGUUGUUUUAAGAACACCACUUUCGUGCUAAUUCUGAACAAGUACGACCUCUUCGAGGACAAAAUUAGCAAAGUUCCCCUAACAACCUGCGAGUGGUUUAAUGACUUCAGACCACUGAAAACUCGGCGCCACAAUCAGUCUGUAGCGAAUCAAGCAUACCACUACGUAGCUCGCAAGUUCAAGGAGUGGUACUCAUCUAUGACCGGACGAAAGCUAUUCGUGUGGCCAAGUAGAGCUCGCGAAGAGGCUUCAGUGGAUGAAUCAUUCAGGUAUGUGCGGGAAGUGGUUAAGUGGGAGGAAGAGAAGGAUAGAAUGUGCAAUUUUGGCGAUGAGCACAGUGAUGAUUCGUUCGAUAGUGCCACAGAAUAAUCUGGUCUGUUCAUUUGCAGAGACGAUUAGAUAUAGCAGUCUGUCCCUUGGGUACUUUUUAAGCCUCCAAGGGAUACUUAAAAAGAAUGCGUAGUUCACCUUUGGUAAGUGUUUGUGUAUACACGCAACAGGUUUUCUUGUUCCCCUUUUGGUAUUUUUUUUUAUUGUAAUUAUUGGUUUUAACUUCUAAAUAUUAAGGGUGCAGUAUAAAAGGGAUAGGCUGGGUCUUUUUUUGAAUUUUGAAUAUUUUUUAAAAAAUUCUAUGAUGAGUGGGAA